UGGCACAAAACCUCCGCCUCUCCAUGGCUUCCCGGAUCAAUCCCCUUCUUCCUCCCGAGGCGAGGGUUUUGGCGAGGAGAUCGAGCAGAGGAUCUCUCUAGCCUCCCGCUCCGCCCAAUCCACCGUAGCCGCGGCCCAUUUCGUUGUCCGUCCAGCCGCGCGCCGCCGUGCCUUUUUCUUGGUUGCUGCGGUUCCAAGAAACCCCCGCCAUGGCCUCCGAUGGUAGUUUCUUCCGAUACGGUGAGCGCCAGAUAGCAGCUAAACCUGAAGAUUGCCCAGCAAUGUCAUCAAUGUUGUCAUUGGAGGAUCUCCCGGAUGCAUUGCUCGCAGAGAUUGUAAAGAGGAUUACCAACACAAGUGACCUGAAGUCCAUUUCCCUUGUGUCAAAGCGUCUGUACACUAUCGAGGCGGAGCAAAGAAGUUCUAUCCGUGUUGGCUCUGACCUUUGUCCAGCGAUAGAUGCCUUGUCAGCACUCUGUUCCCGAUUCCCCAAUUUGUUGGAAGUAGAGAUGGACUACUCUGGUUGGAAAUUUCACUGGAAUCUGCUAGAAAAACAUAUUUUCUCAUUGCACUUCCCUGUCCUGCGUGAUCUCACCUUAUACAUUGAUGAUAUUCGUAUGGGUUGUCUAGCUUCUUGCAAAAAUUUGAUGUCCCUCAGGUUGAACUCUGUAUCAGCGAUAGGCUCAUGUGGACUUCUCUCGGUGGCUGUUGGUUGCAAGAAUUUAACUUCUCUCCACAUUAUUAAGUGCAACCAUAUUGUUGGCAGUGAUAAGUGGCUGGAGUACAUUGGCAGUGCUGGGUCACUGGAAGAACUUGUAGUGAAGAACUGCAAGAGAAUCAGCCAGUAUGAUCUCCUAAAAUUUGGCCCUGGAUGGAUGAAGCUCAAGAAGUUCGAGUUCAAGUUCAAGAGAAGUUUCAACACAUAUGAACCUCGUGACCCCUGUUAUGUGGAUAACUAUCAGUAUGGAUAUGAUUUCUGCUGUGAAAGUUUGAGGGAUGUCACUUUGGCUACGAUUGUAACUAAACCAGAGAUAGGACUUCGCUGUCUCCUGACAAAGUGCAAAGCAUUAGAGAGACUCUGCCUUCACUAUGUAAUUGGCAUAAGUGAUCAUGACAUCAUUACAAUCUCCCAGAACUGCAGCAACCUUAGAAGCAUCUCACUUUCUCAAGAGAUGCUGCUCUGUGAAAUACCUGGAGGCACAGGCGUAAUGGCUAGGACACCACUGACUGAUGACAGCCUCAAUGCUCUAGCCCUGAGAUCUCAUAUGCUUGAAGCUGUUGAGCUUAUGUUUUAUGGUUGUGCUCCUGAUUGGCCAUCUGAGAUAGCCUUCACACAGGAUGGCCUUGUGACACUCCUCCAGUCCUGUCCGAUUCGUCAUCUCGUGCUACGUGGUGCUAACUUCUUUGAUGAUGAAGGGAUGGAGGCUCUCUCAUGUGCACAAUUCCUGGAGACACUGGAGCUUAUGCAAUGUGUUGCGGUAACUGAUGUCGGGAUGCGCUUUCUUGCACAAAGCCCAUGUUUGAAGAAUCUCACGCUGCAGAUGUGUUACGAGGUUACUGAUGAUGGAGUGUGUGAGGUGGCUCAUGCACGGGAUUUGGAGUCUCUCACUGUUGAAAGCUGUAAUCAGAUUUCUGUAGAAGCUUUGCAUGGGGCCGCCAAAUCCGUUCACUACAAAGUUGAUUGCCCAAGCUACUACGAUCGAUAUAAAGAUUAGGUACUACGUGUGAUGAGUGAAAACUGGGAUCAUUUACUGCAACUGUGCUGUAUACCAUAUUAUAUGAUCUUGCCAAUAACAAUCUCAAUUUGGCCUGUAAGCAGUACUACUGUUUAGCUUUGGGAGUGUCUGCAACUAUCAACUCUUUUGUCGACGAAGCGCUACAGAAAGGUGGAAGUGGAACUACUGCCAAUCGUCUCAGACUUUCAACAUUUUCCUUUUGUGUAUGCCACCUUCAUUGUUAUGGCUUACAAGAAACGUUUCAGGAUAUAAUUGUGCCUACAUCUUUAACAGACGAUUAUAUGUUUCUAUCACGUUUUGUUUCUGUGCCUACUCUAACCUCUGUGAACUGAUCUUUUCGCUUCCUACAAAACUGGUCCGAAAGGCAUUGGAUCAUUGGGUGUAGUCAACAAUGUACACUGCAUUACCUGCUUAUAGUACAAUAUAAGAUGUUUAUUCAUA